GUUUGUGCCAUCACACAAGAUGCUGAAGGUGCUAUACUUCCGCAACCAAAAACGAUUGAAGCACUAUUCCGCGCAUCGCUCGUGAAAUUACCUCAUGAUGGCAGCGCUCCGAGGACGUAUGAUCCUCACGCAACGAGAAGGAACACCAGCAACCAAGAACUCGGACCAGAAUGGAGCAACCGUCGUGAUGGAAAACCAUGUCUAGCUUGCCAGGCUGUUUCAAGUAACGUUACGCGUGUACUGUUGGAACGAAUGGGUGAACGAGACGCUAAAACGACCCCGUUCAAAUACGACAAUCGUGUUCUCUGUGCUACAUUCCCAGAAAUGGGAGUGGCUCUGAACUCGAUGGUGGAUCGACGUCAGUUGGCUACGAGAUAUGCCAUUCAAGUCGAAGUUGCUAUCAACAUCGAUAACAAGCUGAUCGUGAACCAUCCCCUCAGUUACUUCUGGCUUGCGCUCGCUCACCUUCGGCUAUAA